AUACCAUGACGUGACGUUUCAGUCACAGUCAUGCCUAACCUGUUUGGAUUGUGGGAUGAGCAUUCAUUUAGUGGAGCAGCCAGCCAAAGUGCAGCAUCCUGUAGUGACACAGAGACAAGAGACAACGUUACACAAUGCCACAGCCAAAGCAUCCCCUUCCCCUGCCAAGGAAACAAAUCUCACUUCUUGAUGAGCCAGAAAAAAGUGCUCCCCUGUCUCCCACGAAAUCUGGAGAGGACAUCUGCUCGAGUCCACCACCAGUGUCACCAAAGAAGUGGACUGUUAAAAAGAGUCCAGAAGGAAAUGGAGUUUUUGUGGAAAAAAUAAAGAUGCUGGAUCGGUGUUUUAAGGAUAAAGGUGAACCCCCUCCACUGCCUCCUAAACCCCAUCGACUGCAGCUUGAUGAUGAAAAUGAAGCCCUGGAUGCUGAGAGUCUGUCAAACUCCUACAAAGAGUCAACACCCUGGAAAACUCUGUCCAGUGAGCUCCAACUUAAAGGAGUACCAGAAAAAGUGGUCAUAGAAGUUAAAGCCGAACAUCUUCAUAAAGCUUUCAAUUCUUACAUCUCGACGACAUCUGGGUGUCAAGGCGGGCUGAAAGAAAAAAUAGACGAGCUUGGCUCCAUCGCUGACAACUUAGAUAAGGUAUCAAAGGGGACAAAAAUCGCUGGCAUCACAGGAGGCGCUACAACUGUAGCAGGAGGUGUGGCAGCAGCUGCUGGGGUGAUCCUGUCCCCGUUCACGCUGGGAGCCUCGCUGGCGCUAACUGCUGUCGGGGUCGGCGUGGCUGCAGCCGGCGGUGUUACUGGUGCAUCAGCAGCCAUCGCAAAUAAGGUGAAAUGCAACCAGGACCAGAAGAAAAUUGAGAAGAUCUUUACCGACUACGAGUCCCUCAGUAAGGGCAUUCAGGAGAAAUUGUUUUAUGUUAAUGAGGGCAUAGAGCAGCUGAGGCAGCAUGGUGUCAUCACGCUUGAGAACACAAAGGUGAAGUCAGAGAGGGCCUCCAAGGUGCUGGAGUUCUGUGGUCAAGGAGGUGCAUGUGCCACGGCCUUGGAGGCAAACUCUAAGGCGUCUGGGAUGAUAGAAGGCUUCGCCCUCGGCAUGGAUAUGUACUUCACCAAAGGAAAAGAUGGAACCAAGGUGAAGAAGGGCUUUGAGUCAAAGUUGGCAAAGAAACUCCGCUCCUUGAUGGUGGAUCUCCAGAAAGGACUGGAUGAGUUCAUCAAAAUCAAAGAACUGUUUGAAAAGUAUUGUUAGGAGGGUAUUUUUCUCCACUUGAAUAUCUUUUGUUUUAGGGUUGUCUUUUAAUGUUAAUUUUCAGUUUUUACAAAAGUUUAUUGAUCGGUGUAUAUAUAUUACUUCUUUGGCAACAGGCUUGAAAACAGAACAAAGCUUUUGGUGCAGCUUUAGGAAUUGUAACUUCAAGCAGUUUCUUUUAAAUGGCAUGUGGUUAUUAAUGCUGUAUAAAACUGAGAUUGUGUUAACCUCCCUUACUUUAGCUGUUUUUUCUUUCAAGAUAAUCUAACAGCUUAAGCUACGUGUUAAACUGAAUCCAAUGACAUUUUUAAAAUAAGACUACUAAAUAAAGACUCACGCCAUCCACCAGGGGGCAGUGUAGUCCUUCUUUUAAAACAUUUCAGCUGAUGCUGAGUACACAUUUUGAAAAUACGUAAACUUUUGACAUUCCUAGCUUGACUUUAUAUGUGGUAUAGUUUUACGUAUAACAUUUAAAAACAAUUUACACACGAAUGUGAGUGGUUGUUAACUGAAAGCUUAAAAUGAAACAUUUUGAAUGUUCUCCAUAAACCUACUCAGGUACCAGACCGGACUGUGGGUCAUACAGACGUAUUACAAUUACAGAAAUGUAGUCAAACUAUAUCUCAGUGAGAUUAAAACGACUACAAAAAACAUAGCAAGAGACACUGGUUUUGGAGAAGCACAAACCAGACCCAGGUGUACUUUCAGAGUCACUGUCCUGCAGCUUGAAUCUUUCAGUACUGUCUGCAGAACAAGUUUGAUGUUUCCACCCCUAUUUCAACUUUGGAUGGAGUUUUUUUUUUUUUUAUCUAUGUUUGCUUUAUUGUCAUUACUUGCUUAUUACACUAUGACUGGCUCUAACAAGUGUAUGUACAAACAAUCUUUAUCUUCGGUUUGAAAAAAGGAACAGUGCACUUGAGUGACAAUCAGCCUUUUAUUUACCUCGCUGACUACUUUGACAGUCAUCUAAAAUAAUAUCUUCCCUUUACAAAACCAUCCCAACCACAUGAAACCUUCAUGUAGGGUGAAAAAAUUAAUUAUGAUGAAAUGUAUGAAGUGAGACUCCUCGCUCUACAGUCUGCACAGUCUUGUUCAGUCCAAAUAAUAGUUACCAGGCUUGUUUGACCAGAGGCUGCUCAAAAUGACAAGGGUGUGACCCUACAUGUGUUAGACAUAAGCAGUGAAUCAUGUCCGUCUGUAUGUGAAUAAAAUAUAAAAUGGGACACGUUGUGAUCUAAAUUAACUGUCGGCCAGUUAAAACAAUAGACAUCUUCGCUCCAGUACAAUGAAUAUUAUUGCAAAAAUGCGAUUUGGAUGGGGUUUUUUUUUACAAACAGUAAAACAGCUAAAGGCCCAUAAAAUACUUAAUACUCAAUGUUUACAUCCUGGAUUUGACCUAUAUUUUACGUCACAGCAGCCUGUGGAUCUACUUUGUCCGUUGUAAAAGCUAUGAUUCAUCCAACCAGUUAUAAACAUGAGUCAGGCGGAGGGAUCGCACUCACAAAAAAGGCUCGUUUGUUUAACUUAACCAGCAUAGUCGAGCGGCCACGCUUUUGUUG